GCGCAACAGUCCCGCCCCGCCGGUGCUCCACCUGCCCGGUGGUGGUGCACCUCCUGGCCGCCUGGCCGCCUGCCCCUCUCGGGUGACCUUCCCUUUGGGCCCCUCUUAUCCUCCGGGCGCAAGCGGAAGCGAAGGAAGCCCCGCGCCUCUCCACUCGAUUCAGCAGCGGCGCAAGUGGCGGCUCAUCGGCUGUGCGCGAAUCAUGGGGCCAUCGGUGGCCGGAGUUGUCGAAGGAGGGGUUGGGGAGUGGGGACGGAGCACAGGUGGUGAGGUAACUUUAGGUGGCGGCGAUUUUGUUUUGGUGGCCGGAGCCGAGGGAAUUUGGGCGGCGGAGGAGCUCCAGGCGGUGGGGAAAACUCAAAUCCCUGACCGGGCAGUGGUCGGUGGGGCCGGGGUGGUGUCGAGGCGGUGGUUGGUGAGGUGAAGUGGGUGUGGGCUUGGGCGUGGGCGAUUUGACAAUGGUGGAGUAAGGCCGGAGUAUUUGGCCGGUGAGGGGAGCUUGCUCGGCUCGAGCAGGCGCAAGCGCAAACGUAGGAGCUCUCCCUCCCUCCCUCCCUCUCUCAAGUCUGAACAGAGCAACACAGCAAGCCGUUCCGCUUGAUCAAUUCGAGCGAGCAGGAAGCAGCAGGUCCAAAUUUGGAUCACAAGAGUGCACCAAAUCCACCAGCGCUCGCCUCCUCUCCGCCCGUGCUCGCCUCAACUCCGCCGGCUGAGGUGCUGCCGGGCCGGCGGCCACUAGGCGGGAGGAAGAUGAAGAUUAUGACAAGCGGAAGAUUAUGACAAGUGGGGUCCUCUUGUCACUGACGAGAGGGAGAGAGUUGAUUGGGGUGGACUGGGUCCGCUCUUUAGUGUUUCUAAAAAGGUACCGUUAUUUCACGGAAGGGCAAACAAAAGAUAAGAUGCAGAGCAUACAUGGAAUUAAAGAAGAUUGGGUUGGUUGUUACUGAAUUGUAUAGGAGUGAGUUCCUUUCGUACUGUCCGAACUAGUUCCAUCGGCCAGUGUAGUAAACCAAUCCAAAAUCUCCUGAUCUACCUUCCAGUUUUAUGGGUCCAGAGUUGAGCUUCGAGUCCAUGCCACGAUCAAUCGCCAGAUAAAACACAAGGCCGGGCACUCAGCAAAAAGGUGCUGUACUCUUGCCAUUUGUUGGCAUGUCACUGUCCAGCUGCAGGCAGCAGAGGGACCAUCAUAUAGGAAGUGCUUCUGAGAAGUGGGAGUGCAAGAGGUUGUUCAUCUCCAAAUCUGUUCGGCACCAUUGCUGAAGCUCACAGGGUGCCAUGGAAGGAGCAGCAGAUGAGAGGCCACUGAUUCCUCAUCUACCCUCACAGGAUGAAGAAGGUUCGCUUUAUACUAGCGAUGGAACGGUUGAUGUUAACAAUCAGCCUGCUCUGAAGCGAACCACGGGGAACUGGAGAGCGUGCUUCUUGAUCUUAGGUACCGAAUUCGUCGAGUGCUUUGUCUUCUUCGGAGUUGCAAAGAACCUGGUCACCUUUCUCACGGGUGAACUCCACGAGAGCAAUGUCGAUGCCGCGAAGAAUGUGUCUACCUGGAUCGGCACUUGCUUCUUCACACCAGUCAUCGGAGCCUUCUUGGCCGACACCUACUGGGGAAAAUACUGGACACUAGUAAUCUUCCUCUCAAUCUACACCAUUGGUAUGCUAACACUGACAGUCUCAGCAUCAUUACCCCUGCUUAUGGGCACAAUACACAACAAUGGCAUUCGUCAUUUCACGGUGUACCUGGGGCUCUACCUUGUCGCCCUUGGCGAAGGUGGCAUUAAGCCCUGCACCUCUGCCCUCGGUGCCGACCAGUUUGAUGGCGCCGACCCGGUGGAGAAGGUCACCAAGGCCUCCUUCUUCAACUGGUACUACUUCUCCAUCAGCAUCGGUUCUCUGCUGUCCGGUACCGUGCUGGUCUGGGUGCAGGACAAUGUUGGGUGGGGAGUGGGGUUCUUGAUCGCGACGUUGCUCAUAGUGUUUGGGCUCGUCGCUUUCGUCGCCGGUCGGAGGGUGUACAGGUACAAGAAACUGGAAGGGAGUCCUCUGAAAAGAGUCACCCAGGUGGUCGUUGCAGCUGUCAGGAACUACAAUUUGGGGUUGCCUGCAGACUGUUCUGCUCUGCAUGAGGUGCCUUCCCCAACUCGACCAAAUUGCAAGAUUCAGCAUACCCCUCAAUUCAGAUUCUUUGACAAGGCCGCCAUCGUAGCGGCAUCGUCGGACGAGAAAGGCGUAGAAGUGUCAAAGAACCCAUGGAGGCUCUGCACGGUCUCUCAGGUUGAGGAGCUGAAGAUGCUGCUCCGGAUGUUCCCCGUAUGGGCAUCAAUGGUGCUGUUCUUCACGGUGACCGCGCAGAUGUCGUCAACGUUCAUCGAGCAGGGCGCGAUGAUGGACAACCGCGUCGGCCCGUUCACGGUGCCGCCGGCGUCCCUGGCGACCUUCGACGUCAUCAGCGUCAUGGUCUGCAUCCCCGUCUACGACGCGGCGCUGGUGCCGCUGGCCCGGCGCGCCACCGGCAAGGAGCGGGGCCUGUCGCAGCUCCAACGCCUCGGCGUCGGCCUCGCGCUCUCCGUGGUCGCCAUGGUGUACGCGGCGCUGGUCGAGGCGAGGCGGCUGUCGCUGGCCCGUAGCGCGGCAGCCAGGCAGCCCACGAUGACGAGCAUCAUGUGGCAGGCGCCGGCGUUCGCCCUGCUCGGCGCAGGGGAGGUGUUCACGGCCAUCGGCAUCCUCGAGUUCUUCUACGACCAGUCGCCCGGCGGCAUGAAGAGCCUGGGCACCGCUCUUGCGCAGCUCACCAUCGCGGCCGGGAACUACCUCAACUCGGCGGUGCUCGGUGCCGUUGCCGCCCUCACGACGCGCGGCGGGAAGCCCGGGUGGAUCCCGGACGACCUGAACGAGGGGCACCUGGACUAUUUCUUCUGGUUGAUGGCUGCUCUGGGCGUGGUGAAUCUGCUGCACUUUGUGCAUUGCUCCAUGAGGUACAGAGGCAAUAACAACAACACAGCCUUGUGAGAAGCAUGCGUCAAUCUAUGAAACCCCGACAACAAACCAUCUGCAGUAAUUCCUCCAAGCCCACACUAAUAGUAGAAUACACAAACUGCCAUCUGUGUGACUGUGUCCAUGCAUGCCGGGUAACAUGAUUUCUGGUUGGAUUCAAGUCAAAUUUUAACUUUGCUUUUGACAUGUUCUAGUUUGAUUGAGUUGUACUAAGACUAGUCUCAGUGGGAGUACUAUCAUGAGCAUUAAAUUUGCUAAUGUGAUAAAAUUUUUAUGAAGAGAGAGAUGAUAGAGUGUCAUGGAAUGUGAGAGGAGUGUCAUCACCAUGACACUCCUCCGGCUCGAUUACCUAGUUUAUGCUCUUGGUAACUGUGUCGAUGACACUCCCACUGAGACUGGUCUAAAACUAUGGAAGGUUCAAGUAUAGGAUUUGGAUUUGAGCUGUCUGAUUC